AGGUAUCUGCUCCAUAUACGACGCAAGGCUGUACUUGUUAUCAUUUGUGGAAGAUAUUGGGUCAACUGCUUAUGUAUACAAAAGAAACGUUUCCCGAGAUUCAAUCCGACUGUUAUGACGUCAUGAUGAAUGGAGGUGAUGCCAGCGGCAUUUAUACCAUACAACCACGUGACAGUGAUUCACCAAUCAACGUGUCUUGUGAAAUGGCACCCGAUGAUGGAGGCUGGUUGGUUAUUCAGCGACGGACGGACGGAUCGGAAGAUUUCUACAGAACUUGGGAUGAAUACAGAGACGGAUUUGGAGAUUUGAAAACUGAAUUCUGGUUAGGGAAUAAAAACAUCUAUCGCAUAUCUGACCAGUCUUCCUAUGACCUGAGAAUCGACUUGGAAGACUUUGAAGGCAACUCAAGAUACGCCGUAUACAAAGAAUUUUCUUUGGAAAGAGAAGUAAAUGACUUCCGGUUGUCCAUAGGCCAAUACAGCGGAACUGCAGGUGAUAGACUCAGCAGUCACUACGGACAACCCUUUUCGACUUGGGAUAGAGAUCUGGACUCGGCCCGCUUGAACUGUGCGCAGUAGUUUCACGGCGCGUGGUGGUACUUCGACUGCUACAGAUCUAACCUGAACGGCGGCUACCUGCACGGCAACCACUCCGCCAACCCAAGCGGAGUAAGCUGGUACCCCUGGCGGGGCAUGUACUACUCCCUCAAGUCCACCGUC